GUACCUCAACGGCAACGUGAUCAGUCACAUAGACAACGGGUCAUUCUUACAGAUCUCCAGGCUGACCACCUUGGACCUGAGCUACCAGAAUUUGACAUCCCUCGGACCUAACACAUUCCUCGGCCUGGAUUCUUUACAUCUGUUUGCUACCCAGAGGCGGACGAAUUCUCUUCCUGUGAGGACCUCAUGUCCAACCACGUCCUCCGUGUAGCCAUCUGGCUCCUGGGUCUGGUGGCCACCUUCGGCAACGCCCUGGUCAUCUUUUGGCGCUCACGGGAGGUCCGGGGAAGGAAGGUCCACUCAAUUCUGAUCACCAACCUUGCCCUCGGCGACCUACUGAUGGGUGUGUACCUCCUGAUGAUCGCCUCUGUGGACUCACACUACCGCGGCGUCUACAUGCUGCAUGACCUCUCGUGGCGGCACUCCGCGCUCUGUCAGUUCGCGGGCUUCCUCUCCACGUUUUCCUCAGAGUUGUCGGUGCUGACGCUGACUGUGAUCACGAUCGACCGUCUCGUCUGCAUUAUUUUCCCGCUCAGACUGACCAGACUGAGUGUGCGUGACGCCGCAGUGGCCAUGACGCUGGUCUGGUUACUUGUCUUUUUCAUCUCGGCCUUACCUCUCAUGGACAUUGGGUAUUUUCUGAAUUUCUACAGCCGCUCUGGAGUCUGCCUUGCAUUGCACGUGACCCCGGCCAGACCGCCAGGCUGGGAGUACUCAGUGGCGGUCUUCCUCGUCUUCAAUUUCCUCUCGUUUCUCAUCAUCGCCGGAUCCUAUAUCUGGAUGUUCGUUGUUGCCAAGGAAACCAGAAGUGCAGAUGACCGUACCAUGCACUCGUUCACUGACCGCCGAUCACCUUACAGACAGGGUGACGCCAUCAGGAUGAAAGCUCUCAAGACCUCGAUGGCGGGAAACUCCAGCAUCGCCUCCAACGACCUUUGA